AUGUCUCCCUACGAAGGCUCCAGGGAGACCGACCAAUCAAGAGAGGGGGACACUUGUAAGGACGGAUCUCUGUACCACUGCGCCAAUACAACCAAAAAGGUGCGAAUAAUCAACCAACCGUUAAUUGUUGCCGCCAUCUCGGCCUUACAACACAUUGUGGUGAUUUUCGGUGCACUCUCGACGUUUCAGCGAAAGGAGGAAUUUGGCACGGGCGAGACGCUAGAGAGUGAGGCUGCGGAUGGGCAAAAGGUGCGAGAUAAAAUCUAUAGGUUCAGCAGUCUUGGCGGAACACGCAACUUCCCGAGGCUUCAUCUCCACUUUCUUUCCAAAAGCUUCGCGAACAAGGCUCUUCACGUUUCCCCCAGCCUUACUCAAGGCUUAGGCGGUGCAACGUCACCGCCCCAAAACACCGCGUAUGGUGAGAUUCAGCCCACGCACGGUUACAGUGUUUGGAGGGAUAACGCCUCGUCUUUCAUCACUGUACCCUCAGCUUUCAGCUCGUUCUCGGGUCAUGCAACCGCACCAUUCUACCCUUCUUCAUAUCUGCAUGAAGACGAGAUGCGUGAGAUAGCCGACAGGAAUAUUCCUUAUCCUCACAUAUUCUUCCACAGCCCAAGCAUGCUCGAAAAUCAAAUUCCUACCUUUGGCCCCUCUUCAAGUCAUCCACGCAGCAUCAGUGACCCCGAAGUACGAGAUCUGAUUGUUAAGGCCCCAACCCUCUCGGGGAAGUACUACCCUUCCCCUACCGCCUGGGAAGAUCAGCAACUCUAUUUCCUUCUCCCGGAUCGCUUCUCCAACGCCCUUGAAGACGGUGUUCGGGAUCUUGAGAACCAACCUGUGCAGGGAAGAAUAAAGGCCUAUACUCCUGCAGAUAAUGGUAAUGCAAUCAAUCUAGCAAGUGACGCGAAGCUCUGGGAAGAGAGUGGAGGCGUCUUCCAGGGUGGUACCCUGAAAGGCGUGAACAGCAAACUUGGCUACCUCAAGCGACUCGGUGUUACUGCGCUGUGGAUUGGACCUAUCUUCAAGCAAGUUCCACAUGAUGAGGGAUCCUACCACGGAUACGCCGUACAAAAUUUUCUCGAAAUCGAUCCUCAUUUCGGAACUCAGGAAGAUCUCCGGAAUCUAGUGACGAACGCACAUUCUCACGGUAUUUACGUAAUUCUCGAUAUAAUUCUUAACCAUAGCGGGGAUGUAUUUGCCUACAAACGCCCGGACUGUCAAUGGAACGGCCAAAAGUUUGAGGUUGAAGGCUUCCGUGAUUCUUCUCACAAUCCCACUCUUCCCUUUAAACCGCUUGAUCCGAAGAACCCCCCGAAGGAUGCUGACAGCUGCGCCAUCUGGCCCGCCGAGUUGCAGGCUCCUGGUUCGUUCACCUGCGAAGGUUCGAUAUCGAACUGGGACCAUUACCCCGAGUAUAUCUGUGGCGACUUCCUCUCUCUCAAAGAUAUCAAUCUUGGUCAAGAUGCUCCAGAUAACUUCACGCCUACUUCAGCCUUGAAGACGCUCUGCGAGGCUUACAAGUACUGGAUUGCAUACGCUGAUCUAGAUGGUUAUCGUAUCGAUACCGUAAAGCACAUGGGCGACGGACCAACCCGCUACCUCUGCACCACACUCCAUGAAUUUUCGUCAACGAUCGGAAAGGAAAACUUCUUUCUCGUUGGUGAAGUAACUGGCGGCCGCGCGUUCGAGACUGUGGAAGCAACAGGUCUGAAUGCUGCCCUCGGCAUUGGAAAUGUUCAAGAAAACCUCUGGCGGCUCCCCAAGGGGUAUACGAAUCCAUCUGAGUACUUUGACCUCUUUCGAAAUGCCGCAUAUCUCAAGAAGGAUUCCAAUGCUUGGACACGAAACAAAAUCGUCACCAUGAUCGAUGACCACGACCAAGUCUGGCGUAGCGGUAGUGAUAAGGCUCGGUUCUGCUCUGAGUCACAAGGCGACAAGCUUGCCCUCGCAGCCUUGGCCCUCAACCUCACAACACUUGGAAUCCCGUGCAUCUACUAUGGCACCGAGCAGCAGUUCGAUGGAAGAGGCGGCAACGAUCGGUAUAUUCGCGAAGCUAUGUUCGGCGGCUCUUUCGGUGCCUUCCGAUCCAAGGAUCGACACUUCUUCAACGAGUCCAACUCAGUUUUUGAAGAGGUCUCCAAAAUCUGCGAGUUGAGGCAACGCCACACUGUUUUGAGACGAGGUCGUCAAUAUCUUCGCGAGAUCUCAACAAACGGAUCCGACUUCGAUAUACCCCGCAUCCUGGGCGGAAGAAUGAAGUCCGUCGUAGCGUGGUCGAGGAUAUUCAGUGACACUGAAGUUCUUUGCGCAAUCAAUACGGACCCUGAGGCCUGGACAGAGGCGCAUGUUACGAUUGACAGUGGCUUGCAUCCAAAAGGGGAAACUCUAACGUGUAUCUAUGCCUCCCCAGUGGAAGAAGAUCAGAUUGUACCGCAAGAACUUAGUGUAGAAGGUGUCGACAGGGCGGUUGUUCCUCUUUCAGUUCCUCCAGCCGGAUUUGUAAUUUGGAACGUCUUUCCGGAAAACCACACAUCUAAUUUUGUGUUCCUAGGAGAUUUCAGGAGUGACUUGGAAAAUGUAUGUUCCGCAAGGUUAGACUCUAUCAGAGAUUGCGCUCAGGCCAUCUUCAUGAUUGGCAUAAAGAACGCUUUUUACCAUGCGUCACAUGACCUACCCGCAGCUCAGAGGCGCCUAUGCGCAUGUCUCGGUUACCGGCCAGAGGCUGACCACCUGCGGCCUAGAGGCGCGGGAUAA